AUGUCUGUCAAAUUUGAAAAAGAGACCGUUCGAACGGCUGCAGUCCCAGGACUACGAGCUGGAACGGAAGACACUAUCCACAAGAUAGGGGAGGCGGUGACUGGAGGGAAGAGCCAGACAGGCUAUCUCGCUGCAUAUCUGAAGCAGCUCCAAUCAAACCCAUUGCGAACGAAGAUGCUCACAUCUGGGACACUUGCAGCAUUACAGGAGGUUCUAGCAUCUUGGCUUGCGCAUGACCGCAGCAAACAUGGCCAUUACUUUAGUACUAGAGUACCAAAAAUGGCAGCAUAUGGCGCCUUGAUCAGUGCUCCGCUUGGGCAUAUGCUCAUCAGCAUUCUGCAGAAGUUGUUCGCCAAUCGGACAAGCCUCAAGGCAAAGGUCCUGCAAAUUCUGCUGAGCAAUUUGAUAGUAGCUCCAAUCCAGAACACCGUCUAUCUCGCUUCGAUGGCUGUGAUUGCGGGUGCUCGAACGUGGCAUCAAGUUCGAGCAACUGUGAGGGCUGGUUUCAUGCCUGUCAUGAAAGUCAGCUGGAUCACAUCACCUCUUGCUCUCGCUUUCGCCCAGAAAUUCCUGCCCGAACAGACGUGGGUACCAUUCUUCAAUAUCGUUGCCUUUGUUAUUGGCACAUACAUCAACACUCACACCAAGAAGAAGAGGCUUGCCGCUCUUAGGAAGAAGCACUAUGGUGAUGGGAGAAGCUCUUCGGGUCGAAGUGACGAUUAUCCGCGACCCAAUUACUAG